CACAGUACAAAGCUGCGAGCCGCCACAGACAGAGUCUCCGCCCCCUAAGCUCCGCCAUCUCCAUGGUGACCGCUACCCGGUCACCCAUUUGGCCUCCGAGGCCGGAGUUGCGUCAUUGCCUAUGCGCCGGAAGCGAUAGCCCCCGAGCCGGUGCAGGCUGACGACAGCCGGCUGGCACUAGUGCCCGCGAAGUUAGACUGUCCCCGGGCUGUGUCGGUUUGGCGGGGGCGCCAAACCUCUGCUGGCCCCUGGGGCAAUGGCGGUGUUUCACGACGAGGUGGAGAUCGAGGACUUCCAAUAUGACGAAGACUCGGAGGCAUAUUUCUACCCCUGCCCGUGUGGGGAUAACUUCUGCAUUACCAAGGAUCAGUUUAUGUGUGGAGAAACAGUGCCAGCCCCUUCCACCCACAAAGAAUUAGUUAAAUGCUGAAGAGGACUUUAGGAAUCCACAUCCUGAACAUUUGGGAAUGAGCCAAGCUGGAAAAAUCAAAUGCAAAGUCACUGGCUUCCUUCAUGGGGACAACCAUUCCGUAGUUGGCUCUGCCAUUAGUGUGUGGCUCCUUACCAUUGGCUGCUGAGUUUAUCUCCAGUUAAAGAAGCAAGUCCAUGACGUGACAUGCUUGGAUUUUGUGCUUAGAACUUUGAAUUGAAGUGUUCUCAAUUUUCCAUGUGAAUUUAAAGGAAGAUCAUUUCAAAUCAGUG